CACACCAAGUUAUUAUUGAUCGUUAAGUAAUUUAUAGGUCACCAUGAAGACGAACACGAAAAAUUCGGAAAAUAUGUCUCAACGCGAGAAAUUCCAAUUGCUUAAUUCGGAAGUGCGUUCCUUUUACGAAUAUUGUAAAGAAGUGGGUAUGAGUGACGAUGAAAUAGAUAUUAUUUGUCGUCCUUUGAUGAGUGCUGUGAGAAGGGCGACGAUUAAGAGAUGGCGAAGGAUCAUCAUUUUGAUGAUGUUGUUUUUGGCGACUGGGUAUAUUGUGAGCCAAACCGAUUCAUUCCAAUGGCAUGUUGCUGCAGUAGCUCGAUUGACGCUGAUCAAGCUGCUGCCUUUGAUAAAUUGGACACCGAUGUAUUACAAUCAAUGUGUACUGGGGAGAUUACCGCUACAGAAUUUUGAAGCUGAACCUGUUUCUACCAGUGACUGCAUUGCUUGUGAAGCUAUACAGAACAUCGCACGCAUAGCGAACACAGACCACAACGAAGUACUAAACCACCACCUCCUAAGAGGUGCGCCUGUUAUAGUAACAGACGCGUAUACAGACUGGUCUUCCGGCGAAUAUAACUUCACAGGCCUCGUGAAUAACGACGACAGGCUCCGAGAAUCGGUGCCCUGUAGGAUCCUAACCAAUAUACGUAUUGGGAAACAACCCAUGGACCUACAGGAGAUCGUUUCGCGUAUUACUGAGAGCAAUAUACCAUCUUGGUUCAUACAUUUCCAGAACUGCGAUAUUCGCGCCGUCAAAACGUUCAGGGUUCUCGCUCCUAGACCAUACUUCCUUUCCCCAGAAAUCCCCCCUUCCCAUUUCAACUGGCUCCUUCUAUCUAAGAAUUAUGAAACGAAUCGCUAUAAGUACUUGGAGUUUGAUAUUGGCCUGAUCAUCAUGUCCCAACUCAAAGGGCAGACUUCUAUUCAGUUGAAACCAAGGAUGCCAUGUGAAAAUAUCUGCGGUCCGGUCAAAAUUGAUUUGCAGGAAACUGAGACAUUGGUUUUGAGCAAUUCGUUGUGGGAAUUUGAAUAUUUGCCCGGGAAAGGGGAGAAUCUUGCUAUGAUCACUGAAACCGAUUGGGUUGAAACCUAAAUUAUAAUAUCGAGUAAUAGUGUAGUUAAAUGUAUCGGUGGAUUCAUAAUUUCAUAAUCCUGUAGCUUAAAUCUAAAUAUACUAUGUGUAUCGUAGGCCUCCUGUAUUAUUUAAAAAUGGUAUACGAUUCAUUUUACGUACUUAAUAUGGAAAAUCACGUCUUUACAAUUUAUUUUAUAAGAAACUAGCUUAACGCCCGCGGCUUCGCCCGCUUUGUCUAAAACCUAAUAAAUUAUAUACUAAAACUCUCUUGAAUCACU